CUCUCCUGCCAACCAUGGAGACAUAUUUAGACAGGACCAGGUGGGGACUGAGGGGUGCCAAUUUAAGGGGGCAGCUCCGGUUCCCUCCCCGCCCCCUGCUCCUAUUCCUCCUCCUGACCCUUUUUCCCUUGGCUCUGUCGGCAGUUUCUCCAGGACUCAGCAGUGUCCUCUGUCCACUGCUCUGGGCCAUUCCCCAAUCCCCCCUCCCACUUGAGCCUCUAACUCAGAAUCUGGGACCCAGGGGCCCCUCCCUACCCCAGCUAACCUCUUCUGGACCAGGAGAGCCAACCCAGAUCCCACUGCCUCCAUGAGUGCUACAGGCAGGAUGGGGCCCAGAGCUGUGCCGGGCCUGCGGCUGGCACUGCUGCUGCUGCUGGUGCUAGCGACACCCAAGUCAGGGGUACAGGGGGAGGAAGGGCUGGACUUCCCUGAAUACGAUGGUGUGGACCGUGUGAUCAAUGUCAAUGCAAAGAACUACAAGAAUGUGUUCAAGAAGUAUGAGGUGCUGGCACUCCUCUACCAUGAACCCCCCGAGGAUGACAAGGCCUCACAAAGACAAUUUGAGAUGGAGGAGCUGAUCCUGGAGUUAGCAGCCCAAGUCCUAGAAGACAAGGGUGUUGGCUUCGGGCUGGUAGACUCUGAGAAGGAUGCAGCUGUGGCCAAGAAACUGGGCCUAACUGAAGUGGACAGCGUGUAUGUAUUCAAGGGAGAUGAAGUCAUUGAGUACGAUGGCGAGUUUUCUGCUGACACCAUCGUGGAGUUUCUGCUUGAUGUCCUAGAGGACCCUGUGGAAUUGAUUGAAGGUGAACGAGAGCUGCAGGCAUUUGAGAAUAUUGAGGAUGAGAUCAAACUCAUUGGCUACUUCAAGAGCAAAGACUCAGAGCAUUACAAAGCCUUCGAGGAUGCAGCUGAGGAGUUUCAUCCCUACAUCCCCUUCUUCGCCACCUUCGACAGCAAGGUGGCAAAGAAGCUGACCCUGAAGUUGAAUGAGAUUGAUUUCUAUGAAGCCUUCAUGGAAGAGCCUGUGACCAUCCCAGACAAACCCAAUAGUGAAGAGGAGAUUGUCAACUUCGUGGAGGAGCACAGGAGAUCAACCCUGAGGAAACUGAAGCCAGAGAGUAUGUAUGAGACCUGGGAGGAUGAUAUGGAUGGAAUCCACAUUGUGGCCUUCGCAGAGGAAGCUGAUCCUGAUGGUUUCGAGUUCUUAGAGACUCUCAAGGCUGUGGCCCAAGAUAACACUGACAACCCAGAUCUUAGCAUCAUCUGGAUUGACCCUGAUGACUUCCCCCUGCUGGUCCCAUACUGGGAGAAGACGUUUGACAUCGACUUGUCAGCCCCGCAAAUAGGAGUCGUCAAUGUUACUGAUGCGGAUAGCGUAUGGAUGGAAAUGGACGAUGAGGAGGACCUGCCUUCUGCUGAGGAGCUGGAGGACUGGCUGGAGGAUGUGCUGGAGGGCGAGAUCAACACAGAAGACGAUGACGAUGAUGACGAUGAUGAUGACUAGUUGCUAUGGCAACCAUCUUUCAACCCCACUGGUCUUUUCAUACUCUCUCCUGCCUUCCUUUGUCCUUCCCUGAGUUCCUCCAGAGAGACUAGGUUAUUCUCCGCCAUAGAGCUAACUGGGGUCUAUACGUUGGGUGCUGAGACCCUGAUCCCCCUCAUUUGAUGAGGAAAUGAGCUACUUUUCCCUAGACAUCAGCCCAGUUCUCUUUUAUCUGACUUCUGUUUCUUAUCCCAUAACUUACUUGUAUCUAUUAUGUGUCUCUUCCAUCACUCUCCAUACUCUUUCUUGUGAUUCUCCUCUAGCCAUAUAUAUGGGCCCCAUCUCUGUUCUGUUCCCUCCAUCUACGCACAGCUUUCCCCCACUCUCUCUAAUCCUGUAUCUUUCUGACUGUCCUGUCCCUGGCCAGAAGGAAGGGAGGAUACUGUGUUUGGGACUGUAUCUCAGCAAUCACUUGUUAAUGUAUUUGGGUCAAAUGAGAGGCCUCAAUAAAGACAUCUGGGGCAGCAUGAA